CAAUGGAGGAAUUAUUCGCUUGUUAACAGUUUAGGUGGGUCAAAUGUAUUUACGUUUCUUUUCCUGAAUAAUACUGAAUUGCCUUUAUUUAUAUCGACAGCCGCAAGGAUGACAUUGAGAACGAGUCCUGCUGAAUGUUUGGUAAAUGAAGACGUAUCCCUACAGUGUGAAAUUGCUGACCUGACGGGCAUUACGUUGGACAAAAACCACCUUGGAGUUCUGUGGUCCUUCACUGAUGAUAUUUUUAAGUAUAUUAACGGAGCCUUAUUCAAAUUGGGGAAAGGCGUUGAGCUGCUGGAAUCUUCCAUCCUAAAAGGGAACAUGUCGCUGUUGUUGAAAAACGUGACGAUGAAACAAAUGGGAGAAUAUAAGUGCACAGUAUUUGUGCCCCCAAAUGAGCAAGCUACUGGCACUGUACGUCUUGAAGUUUUAGCACGGCCCUCAGUGAUUGUGGUUUCAGAAGAAACGGUGGAAUUCGGCCUUGGAGGAGAGAUGACCUUGGAUUGUCAGCUAAAUGGAUUUUAUCCUUGCGAAGCCAGUGCUGAGUGGUUUCAGAAGAUGCGACAAGGAGAAAAGAAGCAGUUAACAGAUAUAUGCAUUAGCCAAAGAGUCAUUGACACUGAUGGACUGUGCAAUAUGUCCAUUCAGGUUCGACUGUUACCUGUCAAAGAAGAUAUUGGCAGCACUUUCGAAUGUGAAGCAAAACACAAGACGUUUAAAAAGCCAUUCUCCGUGGAAGCUCAUGUUACUUUGAAAGAGGCAGAAAUUCGUAUUUCUCAAGGAUCGGUCGUUGCAAGUAUCGUCAUGAGCAUUAUAUUCACUGUUGCAGCAAUAAUAUUUGGGAUCUAUGCUUACAUGAAGUACUUUUAUAAAGUUCCACCAAAAAUUUCAGGUAUCAAAAUACCCGCUCGUAUUGUACACCGAGAAUUGGCUGAAUUAAUGUGCCACGUCUCUGGAUUCCAACCCGAAGCUAUUUCUAUUUUCUGGUACCUGAAGAACAUGAAGGAAGGGCAGAAUAAAUUGAUUGGGCAAUAUGUUAAAAGUCAAAUGCAAAGUUUACCUUUUGGUGGUAAAAAGAACAAAAACCCAGACUCUGAGAUCGCAAUCUACGAGAAUCUUCAUCAGUGGGAAGUCAAAACAGCCAAUGUUUAUAAAAAUAAAGAUGGAACAUUCAGUCUCUCCAGCAUUCUUUGUAUCUUUCCUGACAUAAAUGAGCACAACCAAGCCAAAAUCAUGUGCGAAGUGAUCCAUCCAUCUGGCAAAGGAGUCAUCAAAACCCUCUCUUUAGAUGUUACUGGAAUUCCUCCGAAAUUGGAUGAAAUAAUUCAACCUCCUAUUGUGCUUCAUAACAAUUCAGUCAUGUUGACGUGUCCCAUUAAUUUUUUCAAACCAAGUCACUUGGUUAUCAAGUGGUACAAAAUAAAGGAUGAUGGGGAGAAGCGUCCCAUAGUAAAAUGUAUUAAUGGAGUUGAUGAAAGCUGGUGUGCAGCAGAGUUUUCCCAUAGUCUGAGUGAAUUCAGUUAUCCUGACCACACUCAGAGUGUUCGCAGUAUGCUGCUAUUCAAUGCAACAAUUGAAGAAACUGAAAACAGUCAGUACUUUUGUGAAGUUCAGCAUAUUGCCUUGCAGAACCCAGUUGAGAAAUUUGUCAAACUGCAAGUUAAAGCUUUUCCAAUCCUGAAUACCAUUGUGAGUGACCCACCAAACUCUGUAGUUGGAGAGAAACUGACUUUGUCCUGCAAAGUGCAUUCAUUUUAUCCGAAAGAAAUAGUGGUUCGUUGGUUUAAAGACAAGGAUCUUAUUGAAACCGAUGAGGUGCUGAAGAUAACUCAAGGUUCUCUUGAGAAAAACGUGUUUGAACUGACCAGUCAAUAUGCAUUUACUGUGUCGCUCUUAGACCUGAAAUGUGUGUACAAAUGUGAGGUUAAUCAUGAGAGUCUUAUGUAUCCAAGAGUCGAAGAAUACAUUCCUGAAAACCUGGUGGCUUUCCCAAAGGUAUCAGAAGUGUUGAGCGACCCUUCCAUCCCUGAAAUCGGAAAGGAAUUGACUUUAACCUGCACGAUAAAAGAGUUUUAUCCAAAAGACAUUCAGGUCGAGUGGUUCAGAGACAAUGUGGCAAUGGAAAUGAAUGGGAAGUACGGAACAAUUACGAAAGAAUCAUCCAGUGAAUAUGGUCUGAACUGUAUAGUUACCACAGUCACCCUUACUCCAACCACUGAUGACCAUCAAGCCAAAUACACAGUAGAAAUUUGCCAUUCAAAAUCAUCAACCAAACCUUACAGGCAUACUUAUCAACUGUUGAUUAAAGGUUCUCCCAGAUUUUCAGAAUUCGUACUGGAACCAAAGAUUCUUAAGUUUGGUAAACACUUAACUGUGUCCCAAACAAUGAAUGGCCUUUGUCAUAAAGAUUUUAGUAUUGAGUGGUACAAAGGGGACAAUCGUGUUACUGAAGGAGUUGUGAAUUCCAGUCUAACUCAGGAACUUCAAAACACUUACAGCAUGAUAAGUUGUUUGAAAUUCCUCCUGACUGCAGACGACUUUGAAAAAGAUUUAAUUUUUCAUUACAAAGAAAAUAACAAAACAGACGUGUUCAAAAGACGUUGUCAUUUGCCUCUAAAACGUGUACCUCCUAAGGUGUCAGAAAUCAUACACAAACCUGAUCGACCCAAAAUUGGUGAAACAUUAACAUUGUCUUGCACGGUUGAUGACUUUUGCCCAGGGGACAUUGCCAUUCUGUGGAGUAAGGGAUGGACGGAUUUUGCCGAAGAACAAUUUGUACAGGUGCCCCGCAUUGGUGAAAAUGGACUUUACUCUACAUUUACACAGCUAGAAGUUGAGCUGAAACCAGAUGAUGAACCAGAGGAAUUUAGUUGUGAAAUUCGACAUGCAAAAACAAAUGAUGUUGUGGAGAAGUUUACCAGCCUGUUGGUUUAGACUGUUUCCAUCGGUGAGUGCCACAUAAGCAACACUGAGAUAAAAUGGAAUGGCUGAAAAAAAUUGGACAAUCUGUGCGUGAACCUUGAUAGUGAUGACUUUGGCUUUUGAUAUGGUGUCUGAUCUCGUAUUGAUUGCAUUAAAUGUAUUGCACCAAUGGGUAUGAGGGUUAGGAUUUUUAGUAUAUCAUAGAAUCAUGGAAUUAUACAGCACAGAAGGAGGCCCUUCGGCCCA